GUGUGGAUUUAUGGGUUACUUGUCAUUCAUAACAUAUCAGAACGUCUUUGUUGGAUACAUCCCUGUGAUAUGCUUAUUCGAUUAUUCGAGUCACUUCACCCUUGCUGCAUCUGGAGAAGAUGAAGCCGCAAUGCCCAAAAUCGAUACUUCUCCUCCACCUCCGUCUCCUUUGUCCUAGAUCCUGGUUAUCGAUCUGCGAGAUGCUCCGGUUUUACGCGUUCAGCCAUUAACCAACUAGACGUCUAUUUGGGAAUGUCCAUGUACCACUACGCGGAUCUCCUGCCCGACAGUACGCAUUCACAUUUGAAAAAGCGCAGCUGUUCACGAGAUUCGAGAUUAUUAACAGUACAGCUGGUGGCAUUCACCAUUCACGUCAUAAACAGCAUUCGGGAAGGACAAGCUCGCGUUGUCCUCUUCCGUGGCACCAAAUAACAGUCUGUGGUUCCUGGCAGAUUCUCAAAGUCAAGCAAAACAAUGAAGACAAAACAUGUAUUCGGUUUUGUGACGAUAUUCGGAGCGUUUUGUUCCUGUCUGCUUGUGAUAGCCUUAACCGUCAGAGAGAGCACGCCUCUUUCAAAGCCAGAUGUCAGAGAGGAAGUUCGACGUUCUAGUGACUGGCAAGGCCCGAUGUCUGUGAACGGGAAAACACUAUCUGAUUUGAAGGCAGACCAGGGAAACGCCUUAGGGAGUACUAUUGCACAGACGGACCCUAAAAGCUGUUCAUAUGCUCCAAAUUCAAACAUUCAACUCGCUUCAACUAAAACGGACUUUAAACUAGGGGACACAAUUUCUGUAAAAAUCCAACUUUUCGACGAGUACAAGCGACGUAAAACCAAGGGAGGGGAUAACGUGAGAAUAUGGAUGAGCGAAAAGUCGAAAGAAGCACGAGCAGCCGGUGUUGUCACUGACAACAAAGACGGCACCUACACAGGAACUCUCCGAGCUCUCUGGACCGGAAGUCCGAAAAUCGAGGCCACCAUAGCCAGUCGUAAAGAAAAUGUGGAUAUAUUCUAUAGGGUAUAUCGCGAUUACUACACACUGAGGAAUAUAUCAGCGAUGUUCGAGAGCGACGGCGUCAAAGAGGAGACUUUGUGCCUGCCUAUCCCAAAUAUCCGAGGAUUUACGAACGUCUGUAACUUGACGGCCGAGAAUUACGGUCUCCCAUGGUAUUGUGGGAAACCAUCACACCGGAAGUUGCUGUGUCACGACUUCACGGGACUACGUGAACCGGAUAAACAGCCAUCUCUGUUUACGCCACACGAAGCAAAAUUCUUCCAAGGAAACAUGCUACAUCAAACCAUUCCCACAGCUAUUGAGAUUAAAGUGACGUCAGACCAAGAGACAGUUUCCUUGCCAAGUGUCCCUUGUAACAAAACGCCUUUGAGGAAAAGCUGGGAGGCAUCAACACCUGUUGGCUUCUUCUACAAGAAUUCCUGGAGGUCUCUAACUUGUAAAAACACAAUUCCAGCUGAUCCGAAAAUAUACAGAGAAUGUCUGAAAAACCGGAGACUUUGGAUCCAUGGCGAUUCCUCUUCCAGAUCGUGGUUCAAUACUUUAACUGAGCGUUUAGGAUUGAAACUGGUCACAGAGCAAUGGCACCAUUCCAAGUGGCACAAACCAGCAGUGGCAAUGGACAAGAACUUGAACAUCUCGCUGAUGCUGGUGCCUCAUGAGUACCCGUUUUAUCAUGGAUACACGUUCAACAAACUGGCUUACAACAGAGCAACUCAUGCCUAUCUUGAUGACAUUCCAAAUAAUUCAAGGGAUAUAUUUCUCAUUCAUAUAUACCUUCAUUUUAACCCCUUCCCCUCCAGAGGUUUUUAGAACACAUAUGCAACGAAUUGCCCGAUCUGUCAAAUCGUUAGCUGCUCGCGCCCCCGGGGUUAAAGUGGCGAUACGAGGGACUCAUGCUUUCAAGGGUAGGGGCAAAAUAGGGUUUCUGGAUGACUGUUGGAUGUUCCCAUACGACACAAUUCAGCGGGACGCAUUUAAGGGGCUCGAGAACAAUGUGCUUUUCUUAAAUAAUAUAGAUUUGACAGUGGCCACAGAAAACGACGACCAGCAUCCAAACUCGUUAGCCCUUGAUUCCCUCAUCAAUCAUUUCAUGGGAUCCGUUUGUGAGGGCUGAAAAGAUGGGUGUGAGUGUGUGCGUGCGUGCGCGCGUGUGUGUGCUUGUUGGGCUGUUUGUAAUUAUAUGAAAUCGGUUUAAUGGUCUCUGAUAACAACUAAAUUCAUUACUACUAUGUCCACUUCUUAUUGCGGGGCGAUGGGGUAGCCUAGU